CCUGUUUCGAAUAAAAACAUCGCGCUGUUAACGGUCACUUGUCAGAGAGAAGCAGCGCGAGCGCUCGAGAGCUUCACUUCCGACUCGGAGAGCUCGCAGUAAAGCAGAAGUGCAGCGGAAUUAUGGCGGAGGGCGAUAAUAAAAGUGCUAAUUUGUUGGCUCAGGAGACGUCUCAGCUCGAGGAGCAGCUGCAGGGAUGGGGAGAGGUCAUCUUAGCCGGGGAUCAGUUCCUGCGCUGGGAGAAGCCCUGGUUCCCCGCUGUGCUGGUGGGCAGCACCACCGUGCUCUUCCUACUUGUCUACUACCUGGACCCGUCUGUGCUGACCGGACUGUCUUGCACCGUCAUGGUUCUGUGUCUGGCUGAUUACCUGGUGCCCACCCUCGCCCCACGCAUCUUUGGCUCCAACAAAUGGACCACCGAGCAGCAGCAGCGCUUCCAUCAGAUCUGUGGGAACCUGGUGAAGACGCAGCGCCGUGUGCUGGGGUGGUGGAAACGCCUGUUUGCCCUCAAGGAGGAAAAGCCCAAGAUGUACUUCUUGUCGGUGAUCAGCACUCUGGUGGUCGUGGCCUGGAUCGGACAGCAGGUCCAUAACCUCUUCCUGACUUACCUGAUUGUGAACUUCCUUCUGCUGCUGCCCGGCCUGAACCAACAUGGCAUCAUCACCAAGUACGCCGGCAUGGUUAAGAGGGAGGUCAACAAACUGCUCAAGCAGAAGGAGAAGAAAAACGAGUGAAAAGAAAAGGAUGAUGAUGAUGAUGAUGAUGAUGAUGAUGAGAAUUGAGUUAAUGAAAGUUAAAUCUGCCCCCAAAUAGCAUUAAAAUUGUAGCUCAGACUGCUAAAUCCUCAGAUUGCUAAAAGCAAAGCUACUUUAAUGAAUAAAUAUCUAAAAGCUAGAUUUAGGCUUAAACUCGAACGCAUGGACUCCUCCCACAUUUCACGUCUCGUCACGUCCACGUGUUCACGGUUCAAAAGGCUUCAGUCUCUUCACUGCUUUAAAGCCAUUCCCUUUUUAUAAAACGUUAAGGCUAAGCUUCACCACUGAGACGUAGACGUAAUGUUUUACACAUGAGACGGCUCGAGAACCGAGCAGAACCCGUACCCUGGAGUGGUUUGGGUUUGUUUGUUUGUUUUUAGUUUUGUUUGUUUAUUUGUUGAAAACUGCACUGAAAGCACCACAGGAGAAACUGGAUGUGUUGUGAUGGAGGUGUGUGUGUGUGUGUGUGUGUGUGUGUCCUCCUGCCUGAGGGCUGCAGAGUCAUACUGCUGUUUUCUCUCUCUCUCUCUCUCUCUCUCUCUCUCUCUGUCUCUCUCCCUCCCCCUCUCCUCCAACUGAAGCUCGUCAUGCUGUAAAUACAUCCCUGUCCUCUCUCUCCACCUCUCUGUAUCAGUGUGUUAUGUUCAUGUACCUGUGAGAACUUUUCCCUGCGGCUUACCUACGCGAGCCGUGACACGUCUGUCCUCAUUUCAGUCUUUCUCUUCAGUUCAGUUACCUUCAUAAAAAAGAAAUAAAUCAUUAUAAUAAUAAAGACCUGCUCUGACA